CCCAUCUCAUUUUCAUCACUCACAGACUCACUAUCGUCUUUAGCGAUUCCCAGCACGCCCUUUCUCUUUCUAAAACAUUUCGCCGACUUUUCUCUCUCUCUACAUACCAUUUUUGUUUCUUCAUAACUAUACAUUCAACAAAAAUACAUUUUUUUUUAAUCUGUUUUUUCAAUUGCUUAGGGCACCGUCUUUAUCGCCGCCGAUCGCCGCCGAUCUCUCCCACCACUGUUUUAGUUGAAGCCUGGAUGCCUGUUCCAAAGCUCUACACAAGUGGAACUCUGAAUGCAAUUAAAUCAGAAGAAGAAAAUGAUUCCCUUGACACUGUCAUUAGACAAGCUAUUGUUAAGGAUCCUCUUCUCCCCUUUUCAAGAACAGGAGAUAAUCCCGUGCAGUGGUUUCAGUUGCUUCAUGCCUUAGAUCAGCCAGAUCUCGCUGGUUGGCCCUUGAUGACUCCUGUAAAAGUGCAGAUGCAGAAGUGCGAGAAGUGUUCUCGGGAAUUUUGUUCAUCCAUUAACUACAGGAGACACAUUCGAGUGCACCGCCGUUCUUUGAACGUUAAUAAGGAAUCUGACAAACAUAGAGGUUUAUUGGCUGCAUUUUGGGAUAAGCUGUCACUUGAGGAAGCAAUGGAAGUAGUGUCGUUUGGCGACGUAUCACUAAAGGAAAUUCCUGGUACAUCAGUAAUAGUGGCCCUAACAUCUUUUCUCCACCAACCUGGGGUGUGGGCUCUUCCACAGUUUUACGUGAAGGCUGGCUCUACAUUAUUGGACAUAAUCCAAGGCAACCCAUCCAGACUGCCAUCCUCGGAGGAAUUAUUUAAUAUCCUUGAUGAUGCAAGUGAGAGAACAUUCUUAUGUGCCGGCACAGCCGAGUCUGUGCAGAAAUACCUUUUUGCUGGAGAAGCUGCCAAAAAUAACCUUGAAUUGAAGAACUUGGUUGCUUGCACUAGCUUCCUCUUUGAACAGAAAUUGGUGAAAGCAUGGCUUGCUGAACAAGAUGCAGAGGCUUUGAGAUGUCAGAAGUUGCUCGUGGAGGAGGAAGAAGCUGCACAGAAAAGGCAAGCGGAGCUUUUGGAGAGGAAAAAACAGAAAAAGCUCCGUCGCAAGGAACAAAAAAUGAAGGAAGAAAUUCACGGGUGCAAAGGAGAUUUAAAUGUUGUCAUUGCACUUUCUGCAGCAGAUGGGCCAGUUUCCACCGAAGCAUAUGGGCUUUCAUCCCCGUCCGAUUCCUGUUCAAAUUCCGAAGACAUGGCCACAAAUCUUGAUCCAGGCCUAGAAACCAUGCAGUUGCAAAUCGAAGAAUCGGAGAAAGAUCUAGAAGCACAGAUUGAUUCCACCAGCGAAUUUAUUAACCAAGGACACACUCAUAACAUCGAACCGCAGAUCGUGUCUGAAAAUGACUCUCAACAUUUAACCACCAAUAACUGGCAGGAGGUCUCAAAUUCACAAAGGGUCGCCGACAAUGGCUUCCAUGAAUGCCGAAAUCUUCAAAUUUUAGAACCUAAUAGUGUAGAAAUAGUCGGCGUCUCCAGUGACCUGACUGGGAACAAAGUCUUGACAGAGAAACAUAAAACGGAGGGUGAUGAGAAGAGUUUGAAACCCCCGUUUUUUAUGGAAGAAACUAACUACCAGGUUGUAAUAGGUUCUAUUCCCAUCGCAUAAGAAGUUGUUCGGCUCAGCAGAAAAAGCGUUACUUGAAUGAUUCUCCAAAUACUUGUAGUAGUAAAGAGGCUGAAAUGCUUAAACAGAAUGCUUCGGGAAAGCUCGUUAAAGCCGAUUCUGUUAGCCAUGGUGAUGAACCAAAGGGUAUCUCUCCAGCUAAAAGGGGUGAUGGAGAUUCUGAGGACGCUGUACUUUUGGAAAAGGUUAGUAACCAAAUUAUAUCCACCUGCAAGGCUUGUUGUGCUAAUAAGAAGCAUUACGGAAAUGACGUGCAAGGACAUUUGCGGUUCAACAGUGCCGCUGCAAAAGAAUUUCUUAUUCGGAGGUGGAAGGAAGCUAUAUCUGGGGAUCAUGUGAAGUUAGUGUAUUCAUCAGUUUGUGAAACUCCCAAUGUUCAGCACGACAACGCAGUGGCCUCUACCGCAUGAUAAGAGAACCGGCGGUGCGGAGUAUUUUAGCUCACAACGAACUAUAGGAUAAAAGAUUAGGAAAUAUGGAAAGGGCUUAGAGUUUAUUUUUAAUUUUUAUGUAGGUUUAGCCACCACCAUUGCUCUCCGAGAAGAGGUUCCAGUUUUACCAAGUGGUCUUCUGUCCGAAAAUUGAGGUUAUUGAUACUUAUUUUUUAGGGGUGGUACGGAUUUUACGGUACCGGUGUAUCCUUUUGGCUUGUGUGCCUAGGUAAGAGUUACAGCAGUCGGAAGAAAGUGGGUUGUUAUUUUCUGCUAUAUAUAUAUAUAUAUAUAUAUAUAUCCUUGUAAUAAAUAAAUUGGGUCUUACUGAGGAACAAAUAUGAAUCGAAACAGGGAUAAAAAUUGUUACAGAAUGAAUACUGUCAAGACUCUUGUUUCUCGGU